AUGUUAAAAAGGGUGUUCGAUUUGCGAAAAGAAAUUGCAGCAUUUAUGCUUAAUAAGGAUAAAGCUAUUCCACAGUUUGGUGAUGAAGCAUGGCUAAGUGAUUUUGGAUUUCUUGUUGAUAUAACAGCACAUCUCAAUGAUUUAAAUAAGAAAUUGCAAGGAAAAGAUAAUAUGGUUCAUGAACUAUUUGACGCUUUAAAAGCGUUUGAAGUGAAGUUGGAGUUGUGGAUCAAUCAGUUAAAAAAUAAUAUGACCACGCAUUUUCCACAUUUAUCGUCAUGUCGAAUUCUCAACAUGGACAAAUAUAUUACCGCGCUGCUGGAUCUGAAAACACAAUUCGAGUCGCGUUUUACCGAUUUCCGAAAACAUGAAAAAAGCUUGAAUUUGUUUGCUCGCCCAUUCAAUGUUUCUGUCGAAGAUGUCCCUGAUGAUGUUCAGAUGGAGUUGAUAGAAUUACAAUGCAACUCUUCUUUGAAAGACAAAUUCAACUUAGGAUUGUUCGAGUUCUAUUCAAAAUACAUCACUACUACACAUUUUCCUAAGAUAAGAGACCAUGCACUGAAAAUGACAUCUCUGUUUGGUACCACAUACCUGUGCGAGCAGUUAUUUUCUCGGAUGAAAAACGUUAAGUCGAAGACAAGGAGUAGAAUCACCGAUAUUCACCUAGAAAACAGUUUGAGGAUUUCAACGACCACCAUAGGGACUGAUAUUGAUAAGCUAGUUAAGAAUAAACAAUGUCAAUCGUCUCAUUGA